CCGGCAGUUCUAAGGCAAAAAUUGGUUUACAAAUCAGCUGCCACUAUCUCAUUAGCACACUUCCAAGGGCAAACUGAGCUCAGGUCACGGCGUUCCCGAAAUUUAAAAAAAUGAAGUCUAUUCUUGCCAUCGCCCUUUUUGUCAUCGCCUGCGCCGGCCUGGGGGAAGCGUACUUCUCCGGAGCGCUGAAGCCUGUGCUGAAAGAUGCCCUUUUGGAAAUGCGCCAGGAAGUCUAUCAGGCAUUUAACACCGAUGCCCGGUCGGACAACAACAAAGUCGCCGAAUUCGUAGCGGCUCUGGUGGACGAAGAAGGCAAUAAACGGGUGCAACUUUUUGAGAACUAUGUGCAGGAAUAUGAAAAGAUGACCCAAGAAGCUAACGCCAUGCUCCACAAAGCCACUGAGCCUCUGCGCAACCCGCCAAUGGAAAAAAUCAACUAUGCUGCCCUGGUUGCGGAAGAAGUCAUCGGCCUGAUGCCAAAAAUUAAGGAACUUAACGCUCACGCCCAAGUUGCACUGGACAAAGCAAAAAACAUUGCCAUUGAUUUCACCCGGAUGAGCAUGUUUAAUGCUGUUUCUGCACGAAUGGUCGAUCUUCAGAGCCGCGGUCUUCUGGGCUGGAUUGCCGAUGUGAUUACCGGUGGACCAACCUGGAUUAUUAACAAUCUAGCUACACUUGCUGCCACGAUUAUGCCCGACAGCGCUUUAAGCAUCUACUUCGUUCAAACGAUCGCUCAAACCAUCGUCGAUAAUUUGGCCUCGCUGGGCAGCACCAUCACGGAGGCGGCUGCUGUUAACCUGCUGGCGUUUUUGGGACCUUUCAAAGAGCCACUCGGUGACCUUUACGACCAAAUCGUCUUCUCCCUCCAACAGACCUUUCCAUGGAUUUUUAAAUAAACAUACGAACACUUGACAACCAGAAAGGUCGCGGCAUAGAAAUAAAUACAUGCCGUUCAAGAGCAAAUCGGUGUAGUUGUAAUUCUUCCAACCAAAUUAAAAGUACUGUCAACAAAA